CAAAAAUGAAACCAAGUCAAGUGGGAUAAUUAUCCUGCAGUCUAAAUAUUUUUACAGUGAAUGGGCCGAAAUCUUUGUCCAAAAAAUACCCAUCGUUAAAAUUGAAACCCAAUAUUCUAAUGGGCCUUCGGCCCAAUGUUUGCCCUCUUUCUUUGCUACUGCUACCGAUCUCUGCCGCUGAAAAUUGAACCAAAAUAAUUCGUGGGAAAAUGACGGAGGAGCAGCGGCGGAGCAAAAAGAGGAAACGCGGGAACCGCCGGAAGGAAAAGAGUGUCUCCGAUAGAGCCGCCGCGAAAAAUAACGCAUCUUCAUCCAUCAUCGCAUCUUCCGGUUCUGCUACUCCAACUAAGAGCAGCUCGAAAUCGAAGUCUUCUUUCCUCGACAAAAUGAAAGCUAGACUAUCAGGAGGUUAUUUCCGCAUGAUCAAUGAGAAGCUUUACACUUGCAGUGGAGAUGAGGCCCUGCAAUAUUUUAAAGAGGACCCGUCAUUGUUCAAUGUGUACCAUUCUGGAUACCAGGCACAGAUGUCACUUUGGCCUGAACAACCAAAUGAUAUCAUUAUAAAAUGGAUAAAGGAUCGCAGCCCUUCUUUAGUUGUUGCAGAUUUUGGUUGUGGGGAUGCAAGGCUUGCUAGAAGUGUGAAGAAUAAAGUCCACUCCUUUGAUCUUGUCUCAAAUGACCCUUCAGUAAUUGCAUGUGAUAUGUCCAACACACCGCUUGUCUCAUCCUCUGUGGAUGUUGCUGUGUUUUGUCUCUCACUCAUGGGGACAAACUUCCCUAGUUACAUUCAGGAAGCAAAUCGGGUUCUAAAGCCUCAAGGGUGGCUUUUAAUAGCUGAAGUAAAAAGCAGAUUCGAUCCAACUACCGGAGGAGCAGACCCAAAUAAUUUUGUUGAAGCCAUAUGUGAACUAGGAUUCUCCUCCACAUCCAAGGACUUCUCGAACAAAAUGUUUAUACUGUUUCAUUUUCAAAAAAAGGGAAAACAAAAAACUAGGGACAUCAACUGGCCGGAGUUAAAACCUUGUUUGUAUAAGCGCCGUUGAGUAGCUUUUAUCGAGUUCUGUCAGAUAGGGCGUAGUACGAGCCAUCUGCAGAUCAGAAAACAGCUCUGGUGUUGUACAACACCAGUGUCCCAUCCCAGAAGUUCAAGUCAAUCGUCCCGUCCAAAACCUCUCCACUUGCUUCUUGCAACCAUCUUGGAUGAGUCAUGCGGGUUUCUCCAAAAUGUGCAUAAAUCUCCAAAUCAGAAUGACUUAGCCAUUAGCCAUCCUAUACAAAUCUCGUGCCAGCUUAGAUCCAGACAAGUGCAGGAGGGCAGCGGGAACGAAGAAGCCAAUUAAUCCAAGAGCACCAGCUACCGAUAGAGUGAACAGCUCUAUCAUCAAAUUGUACCUAUUGUUGCUGAAAACUGAUGAGGAGAGAAUGUAUGGAGAAGAACUAUAUUCAACAAUUUAAGCAGACCUUGGAAGUAAGGUGGAAGCCAACGACACUCGCAUGAGGUUGUAAGCAGCGGAGGUGGUGAUGUUUGAUGUAAUGCAGCAAAUGAGUAACAGUGUAGUGGGAUAGAUCAUUGCAGCAUAACUUGAUAGCCCUGAGACAUUUGCACCAUAGUCAUAUGUGUAAUUAGAGUGCACAUUAAAUGAGUUGUGGAUUAUACCUGAGAGCUUCCUCUUAAGGAGAUGGAACAAGAUUAAAACGGACAGAGCAGCUGUAAGGGAUGUUGAGAGUGCCUGCAUAAAUGCAGACUGCUAAAAACACCAUGAAAUUAAAACACACAAGUUAUUGUUGCUCCAA